AUGGCAAGCGACUAUAGUAUAUCUGGCUCAUCUGACGAGGAUAUCCUGGAGUCUCAAGCGGGUUCCAGGAAGAGGAGAAGACUAUCGCCAACCAACGCUGAAUCCGAUCCUGCACCAGUUCAAACAUCGACGAUAUCGAGGAUCAAGACCAAGCAGCAAAACUCGACAACCCAGCCAGUAGUACAAGCCUCCACAACCACAGGAACAGCUUCUACAAAGGAAAAGCUUGACUUUGCUUCUCUUGAUGUUGCACCAUGGCUCGUCGCGUCCCUGGCGUCAAUGGAGAUCAAGAAGCCCACUGGCAUCCAGCAAGCAUGUAUUCCAGAGAUUCUGAAGGGCAGGGACUGCAUUGGUGGCUCCCGUACUGGUACAGGUAAGACCGUGGCAUUUUCUGUGCCUAUUCUCCAGAAAUGGGCGGAGGAUCCUAGUGGCAUCUUUGGCCUCAUCAUCACACCAACACGCGAACUUGCUAUCCAAAUUUAUGAGCAGGUCAAGGCGAUCUCAGCACCACAAUCAAUGAAACCUAUUCUAGUGACAGGUGGCUCGGACCAGCGUGAGCAAGCUAUUGCGCUUGCGUCCCGUCCUCACAUUGUGAUUGCAACGCCCGGUCGCUUGGCAGAGCACAUUCGCACCUCGGGAGAAGACACAAUCUGUGGCCUUCGGCGUGUCCGCUUUGUAGUCUUCGACGAAGCGGAUCGCCUUCUCGCACCGGGAAAAGGGAGCAUGCUACCUGAUCUCGAAACCUGCCUAUCCGUCCUCCCACCCAAGGAGAAACGACAAACGCUCCUCUUCACCGCAACAGUGACACAAGAAGUGCUCGCGCUAAAAGACCAACCCCGUCCAGGGCGCCUCCCCAUCUUCAUCAGCGAAGUCGACACCGAGACCUUGGCUAUCCCACCAAAACUACAACAAAAGUAUCUCCAGACACCCGUCACCCACAAAGAAUGCUAUCUCCACGUCCUCCUCAAUACGCCCGAAAACCUCAAAAAGUCCGUCAUCAUCUUCUGCAACCGCACCAAGACGGCUACACUCCUGGAAUACAUGCUCCGCCUCCUCGAACACCGCGUCACGGCCCUCCACUCCGGUCUCAAGCAAUCAGAUCGUGUGGGCAAUCUUGCGCGAUUCCGUGCCCAAGCCGCCAGGAUCCUUGUGGCUACUGAUGUGGCAGCCCGUGGUCUGGAUAUCCCAGAAGUCGGACUGGUCAUCAACUACGACGUCCCCCGUGAUCCUGACGAUUACAUUCACCGCGUUGGUCGAACGGCUCGUGCCGGCCGCGUGGGUACUAGUAUCACGUUGGUUGGACAACGAGAUGUUGAAUUGAUCUUGGCGAUUGAGACGAGAGUGGGGAAGAAGAUGGAGGAGUUUGAAGAAGAGGGUGUUAGUGUCGAGGGCAGAGUGGUUAGAGAUGCGUUGAGGCCUGUGACGGAGAAGAAACGAGAGGCUAUGUUGAGCAUUGAAGAAGGAAGGGAUGUCAUGGGUAAACGCAAGGUUGGUAUGCAGAGAAGAAGGGCGGACUAG